AUGUUCCCACUUUCCCAAUCUCCGGUUCCAUACAUUCUCCCAAAUGUCAGUAACUCCUUCAUCCUUGACCUGAACUUCAGGCUGGCAGCACACAACAAAUCACCUAUGAUCCGGGAUUCAGGUUCCCAAACACCGAAAGUAUACACUGCGGAUGAUAGGUCUCACAUGUACACUGCAGAUGAUAGGUCUCAUGCAUAUUCCAUCCCUGCCUUUAUCAUCGUUGAAUACACAACUUGA